UAUUUUGACAGUACGCCGCCCUGCAUCCUCCGCGUUAAGAUGCAUCUCAAACCUUGUCGUUCACGGCGCCGAUCACCAUCAUUGUCGUCUGUUCGUGCGUGGCUCCGCGCGGGAGAUACAUUUGGCGCAUCGCGAGAGAGAUGCGUCGGACGCGUCGCUUAAACGUGCGCGUUUAGCAGCGCCGCUCGCGGAAUCGGGUCAGUCGAUAGAACCUGAGCGGGUGUUUGUGCGCGUCCAGAGUGUUCCUUCGUUGAGGUAGGAUUAGGGGUAGAAAACUAGCAGGAAUGAAACAGUUCUGAGGCCCGAAUUCGGAUAAAUCGUUUCUUAAUCGCGUGGGAAGAGAGAACGGUCCUCGAUUCGAGAGUUUUCCGUUCCGUCACGAGUGACAAGAGGUGAUUACAGGUGGUGAACUCAUCGAGUUGCUCCGAGAGGGACUCGCCCGAAUCGCGUAGACAGUACCGUUUUUCAGUUUUACGCUCUCGGGGUGGCCGGGAAAGGAAUGGCAGCGCGGCGGGUCCGAAAUCUUCGCGACGUCUCGGAGCAAGGCGUUGACUCGUUUUUGAGCCCAAGUGGGCGGGUGUAGUCGUGAAAGAGUGAAGUGUUUGAAUGACUUGCGCGCGGGAAGGUGGUUGUGUUAACUCGAGUAUGCGGAUUUCACGGACAUGAAUACCUCUUCGGCGAGGUGGAGCCCGGCUCUCUCGGCGUCGCCGGAUUACCACCGGCGCGGGCGUCCCGAAGUGCCGUGUAAAUCUUCCUGAAAAUUACGAAGUAAUCUUGCGACGGGGGAAGGGGGGAGGGGUUCCGUUGAAGAAUCAGGUUUUGUUGUGCGCGCUUGUGUAUGUGUGCGUGUGUGUGUACGCGUGUGUAUAUUGUGUGUCGUAUGUAAAGUGCUACUCGACAGGAUGACGUCUCCUCUAUUGAGCCGCUCCGUGUCAAACACCUCGGGAAUCUUCGCGAUCAACGCGAUCUUAAGGGAUACGCUCGUAGCGCGAAGACAAUCGUUAAAUCGUUAAUGUAGUAGUUCUCGUAACAGCCGUGACUGUGUUUUGUGAUUCUCCGUAAGAAGGGCGGGGGUUCUUUUCCCUGGGGCGGCCCUGGAUAUACGAACCUGCUGUGCUCCGCUCCUCACGAACGUCCAUCUGUCAGAGGCGUCUCUCUCAGAACGUGAAAUCCCGUUUGGAACCUUGACGGGCUCUCGAGCGGAUUCUCGCGCUCUCGGUUGGUUUUGAGCUAUCUCGGUGCAUGCCGCGUUCGAAGGUGGGCGGAUGCCGCUGUCCACGCCAAGGACACGUAUCCUCGAGCGCGCGUCCCGAGAACAAUGAGGAUCUCAGAACGGCCGUUUCGCUACGAUGCUGGAAUGCCGUGCUGGGAAUGCAAACUCCGAGCCGAGUCGUUCUGCCCUUUGUCUACGUCGUCGUCGUCGUCGCCAUCGUCGUCGUCGUCGCCGCCGUCGUUUGCUCCACUGAGAUGUAUGACCGAAACCUAGUUGCGUCGCGAAUGCAUAUGCCGUGGGAAUAAAUUGACCGGAGUGUUAAGCGAGGCUCGUUCUCAUCCGUUUGCGACGGUUAGAAAGGACGAAGGAACGGAAUCGGCGGCGAGGAAAGAGAAUAAGAAGAGGCUAACGAGCUGAACAGGAUGAGUCAUUUCGAUUGGAAGUUACUGCGCCGGAAGAAGGUGAUACCGGCAGAUCGCCGGCCGCCGGAGAAAGAAGAGACAUGGACCCUGGCUACUGAUCAACAGGAUUCGUGCGUCUGUUUUGACAGUACGGUCGAUUCCAAAGUGAAAGACGCACAGAAUUCCGAGAAAACGCAAUUAAAACCGCCUACGGAAGUAAUAUCCGUAGAUCCGAGCGAUAACGUGGACAAUACUUUGCCACGCAGCCAAGAGACCCGGAAGAGUAAGACCAAGAAAGUGAAGAGCUACCUGAAGAAGUGCAAGGGCGCGUUGUCGAAAGGUGAUGAGAACGUCACGGAGAAGAGACGCCAGGAGAACUGCACUUCGUGGUACUUGGAGGACGUUGCAACCUGCGCGAGUCAGCAGGAGGAUCGUGACGAACCUCCGGAGAAGUACACGGAAUUCUCCGAAGAGAGACUCAAGGGGGCGGCCCGCGAUGCGGAGCCCGUCGAAGAUCCCGCGUCUGAAACGCUCGAGGAGAAUUCCUCGAGGGGCGAGAACCUUGAGGAGACUCCGCACGAGGCUCUCAUCAGGCUGUUGGAAGAGGAUCGCCGGGCCGAUCUUAGCAGAAGCAGGACGUCUUUGUACGAGGAUGCCAGAGACGCAAAUCCGGAGCAAAAUCUUGUCUCGGACGAGAAAACCCCGACAAAGGAACCAGAGCCUUUCCGUGAUGAAGAAAGAAAAGACGCGGCGGUCUCACUCGAGACAUUGACGACGGAAGAUACUAAUCUGAACAAGUGCGACUCGAGCGACACAUUGAUCGCGGAAGUUCCGGAAGCAACCGAGAACGCGACGGAUAUCAACUCGGAAUUGACAAUUAUUGUCAAAGAAGAGGAAAACGCGUCGAAAGAACUUACAGACGAAGAGUUACCUGUAGUUCUUGCAUGCUGCGGGAAUCGUGGAGACUUCGCUUCCCUGGUCCGGAAUUUGCUCGGACCGAUUUAUGGCGACAGUGUUAUGGAACUUCUGAUAAGACAAGCACGGGAUAUCCUAGUUUGCGCUUAUCAUGGCAACUUGGAAAAUUUCGUGCGGACUUAUCUCUCACCUGCUGCAACGCUGCUAGCGGAAGUCAAGAAUGUCGCCGCCUCCGAAACGGGAAACGAGGCGGUGGUGCCGGAGGGCUGGCCUCUAACAUUAGGCGGCAGCGGCCUGAUCCUGCAGCUGGGUGAGCUCGAGACGUCCGCGCUGCGUCUCGGGGAAUGUUACCUUUGCGUACGCAGCGCGGCUGCUGCAACUGCAACUGCAACCACCUCGUCGGUCAGCGGCGCUACGACCGCCGGUGAAGCCGUCGAGCAAAAUAGCGUUGAGAUAGCAGUAGUCUGGCGAACUACGUCGAUGAGGGCCCCGGGGAUCUUGGGUUGGGACCGUGAAGACGAGUUUAUGGACUGGCGGGACCUGACAAACAAGGGUCAGCCGAGCUCGUCGAAUACGGCGGGCGCAAAUCUCAGCGGAGCGCAACCUUCGAGCGUGAUGAAAACCACCAGUCGUCCGCGACGGAGAUCGCGCGAGGACGCGCGUCCUCGGACACGCGAAAUAAACAGAACCAGCAGCGCCGAGCAUCGUCGGGAGGAGGCCAGAUCGAUCGACAGGCUGGAGCACCAGUUCUGCCGCGAGAGUCGCGCGAUCGGCGAGCCCGUUUACACCGCCACAGUGAUGAAGUCCAGGUCCGCGUCCAGCGUCGACGCUUGGGAGAAAGACCUUGACGGUGAACUCGAUCGAGGCUCGAGUCGUAGAGCGCGCUCCAAGAAUUCCUCUAGUCCCAUCGGCGGUGACGAGAGCCGCGUUAAAGUGAAGCGGUGCGCCAAGGUGGUCUCCCCUACGACAAUGGAGAAAUGGAAGGAGAGCAGUAGGUGCGAAAUGCGUAGCAGGACGAUCGCGCCGGAGGAUCUGAAGAGUCCUCUGCAAUUCGAGGAAAGCGUUCUGCGGCGAGAUAACGUCGCCGAUGAUUCGUCGAAGGAUCUUGAGGACAGAUUGCGGAACGCGGACGGUCCGGACGACAUUAGCGACGAGGAUCUGCCGGCAUAUAUAGGUAGUCUGCUCGUCACCGUCGAGAGAAAGAUCGAGAGGGUCUCGCUCGACGAUAUGACGUUCCCCUGUCCGGCGUGCAGGAAUAUAGACACGGACGAUCCGUUAUUGGGAUGCAGAUGCGCCGGCGACGACUGCGGCUGCGGCGCCGGCGAGGAUAACUGCAACUGUUCUUCCUCCGUUUCGCGAAAGGAACAAGCGAAAAGUUUCGAAGUGGCGGGAAUUAAGCAUAUUGACAGUGAUGACGAGGAAGAAGUACGGAUGGGAUUCGGAACUAAAAAGCGUAUCGACGAUGUAGCAUCACCAAGGACUAUCCACGACUUACCGGAUCACGUUCUCACAUGUGGCCUGUCACUUCCCGGAUACUUGGACGUUGCCGGGAGACCGGUUAUCGAAUUCGAGGCUAACGUAUCCACGAGGGAAGCCCUCUCCGUUAGAGAGACGUCGUCUUUUCUGCUCUACCUCGCUCGUCUACCCAGCUCCGACCGCACAAAAGAUGGCUUUACUAUUUUCAUACGCGGCGAUUCUAAGGAGAGUCUGGAGUUCGUGGACGAAGUAGUGGUCCUGCUGCAGGGCAGGGUCAACGUGGCUCAGACUCUCGUGCUUCGAAAUGCCGCAACAACAACGGAUGGCCUGAUCGAUUCUCUUUUACCUCUCAGUAACGUCCAGACCGUCAUCGUGAAUGACGCCACUCUAGCAAAGUAUAUUCCCAGACGAGAAGAAAAUCACGACCAGAUGCAAUGGAUUGCUUUUUACAAGGAGUACGACAGCCUUAUGACGGAGUGGCAAUCGGCUGGUCGCAGAUUGGCCCUCGAAAUGUCGGAGCUGAAGGAAUGCACAAGCCUGUCCGGCACUUUGACGCCUCUCGGUCGGCUCCUCACGGACCCCACAUUGAGAAGAACGUCUAGAGAUGCCGAAGAGGCCAUCGCCGCGCUCGAGGAACGCGCGGCCUCACUUCUGCACAUCGAGCACGUCAGAUUGUCGGUGAAACGAGCCCGGAGACUGGUGGAAGAGGUGGGUAAGGCUGCCACCAGGCUGGAGUCAUCGUUCGAGUCGCGACGCGCGACUAUCCGCAAUCUCGCGGUUCUACGGAGCAUCGAGGAUCAAGCGCACGAGGUACUAUCGUGGCUUUGCAAGAAAGGCGAGGAUAUUCUAUCGAAGCACGCACAGCACAUAGCGACGAACUUGACGUCGGCGCGUUUUCACGAGCGAGAAUUCGAGAAGUUUUACUUCACGUCGAUGAGACACCUGGACAAGGGGAGUGAUCUUGCCGAGGCGGCGAGCGCGAGCGGACUUCGCGAGCUCGCGAGAUCUCUGAAGCAGCAUCUACGAGGCUUCGGCUCGCGCUUGGAGGACAGGCGAGAAUACCUGGAGGACACGUCGAGAUGCUGCCUCCUGCAGGAUCGCGCCUACGAGUGGGCGCAAGAGGCUCGCCUAGCGAGCGACAGGAGGGCCCAGCAAUUCUUGAUGGCGAGGCCGCCUCUACCGCCCGAACACUUCACCGAGAUGAUGGCCUUGGCGGAGAAACUCGGUAACGAAGUCCUCCUGGAUCAAUGUCGCAUCGCCCGGCACAAGUGCGCGGAAGCCCUCGAGAUCGCCAGGACCACGUCCGCGCCGGGGAGUCCCGCGAGGAGAAGAUCUUUCGCCGCUUCCGAGUCGACCUCCUGGGACGACACCUUGGCCAAAAGAACGUCUUGGGACGAUAGCGACAGCAGCGCGUCUUAUGCUUGCCCGAUGGAAAGCGUCGGGUCAGCUGGUAGCGGUGGUCGGCCGGUGCUGGACAACAUCGCCGAACUUCGAGAGAGUGCCGAGCAGCUUCUGGACUGCUCGCCACCGCGUACGCCUCCGCGAAGCCCGGCACCACGGAGGCUGGUUAAGCCGCCAGUGAACUCGCACCUUCACAGAUCAGCCAGUAUCGCGCCAGGAAUGAAGGCGAAAAAAACAAUACUGCUCAUAAUGAGGGAGAUGAUACAGACUGAACGAGACUACGUCAAGUCCCUCGAGUAUAUAAUAGAGAACUAUAUUCCGGAACUCGUACGGGAGGACAUCCCGCAGGCUCUCAGAGGCCAGAGAAACGUGAUCUUCGGGAAUGUCGAGAAGAUAUACGAGUUUCACAGUCAACACUUUCUACGCGAACUAGAGCAGUGCGAGCAAUCGCCCAUGCUGGUGGGACAAUGCUUCCUCCGACACGAGAAGAAAUUUUAUCUUUAUGCCUUGUACAAUAAGAAUAAACCAAAUUCGGAUUCGCUGAUGGCGGAAUACGGCACGAGUUUCUUCAAACAGAAGCAAUUAGAGUUGGGAGAUAAAAUGGACUUAGCUAGUUAUUUGCUGAAACCGGUUCAGCGAAUGGGAAAAUACGCUUUGCUACUUCAGCAGCUGGUCAAAGCUGGUACAGAUUUAUCGGAACAAUUGUCCGGCAAAGAGGAGAAAGACGAGAAGGAAGAUGGCAUGAAACCGAUGGUAGAAGGUGAAGCGGAUUUGAGGGCUGCCGAGCAGAUGGUUCGAUUUCAGCUUCGACAUGGGAACGAUCUUUUGGCGAUGGAUUCGCUUCGUGAUUGUGACGUAAAUGUAAAAGAACAAGGCAGGCUGUUGCGGCAAAACGAAUUUUUAGUCUGGCAAGGAAAAGGCAAAAAAUGCCUGCGUCAAGUCUUCCUGUUCGAAGAUCUUAUACUCUUCAGUAAGGCAAGGAGAUUCCCCGAUAGAAAGGUAAGAUUUUCUGCAUGUUUGCUCUGCGUGCAUUUUAACACUAUUUUAUGUCUCUGUUUCAUUUUUGUUACUUACAUGUAUAUAUUUUUUCAGAAUCUUGAUAUUUACAUCUAUAAACAUAGCAUUAAAACGACAGAUAUCGGCUUGACUGCCGUUAUCGCGGACUCGCCUACAAAAUUCGAGAUCUGGUUCCGCAAAAGGAAACCAGGAGAUACGUACACGUUACAGUGCGCGAGUGAGGAUAUUAAGAAAGCCUGGACCGAGGAACUCAGCAACCUCUUAUGGAAGCAGGCGCUUCGAAACAGAGAAGUGCGCCUGGCGGAGAUGUCGAGCAUGGGCAUUGGGAAUAAGCCGUGUUUAGAUAUAAGGCCUAGUGCAGAUCAGAUAAACGAUCGCUCCAUCAGUGUGGCUCAACUCUCGAAGACACCCAGAUUUAGGAACUCUAUAGCGGUAUCAAUGACGGAGGACUCCAGUCGUUGCAGCAGAAGGCCGCACAGCGUAAUUUCCGUCAGCUCAUCUUCGAGCAGCGGUGGAAGCAGCGGCCCCCCUACGACGCUUAAUCUUGGAUUAGACACGAGUCCACGACCGCAUCAUCGUAGUACUACACUGAACAGUCAAUGUAGCGUUGAGAGUGGUAUUAUCGCUGACAUCUCAAUCGUGUCUGAUGAUGGGGGUGACGGCACUGAAAGAAGCCACUGGAAUUCAACCCUGGAGAGUCCUACGUCGCUACCUACGACUUCCACUCCACUGCAGUCGCCAACCAGCGCAACAGCGGCAACGGUUACCCCUGCUUCCUCGACGGAUACGAAUCUCACAUCUUAUGACCAAGACAUGUCUAUUAAUCUAUGAAGUUUUCUCGACACGCGAACCAUCGGGAAAAAACGAGUUUAUCAUUGAUUCACUUGCAAGUUUGUGUUACGAUUACAGAGACGUAACAUAUUAUCGUGGCAUAUUUAGAUAGGUACAAUGAGGUAAUAUCGUCGCACGCGUACUGUAGCACUAGAAUGCAUUGUAUCCUUGAGCAACUAUAGUUUGACAACAUAAUGGAGAAAAAUAUAAAGCCACAUGCAAUUCGGUAGGUCGCCGCAUUACGCUUAACACGUGUGCCCAGCUACGAAUUUGUAAUCGCAUUACAUAAACGUAGAUUUUUAUCUUAAAGUUGCGGAAGUGGAGUACCGAAUUUUGACAUUUAACUUUCAAGUGAAUCCGUCUGUGAAUCUAUCUUUUGAUACGCUUCGAAAUAUCCACAGAUUUAUGAGAUCGUAAAGCUAUUACUUAUGAAGCUCAGGUUUCUGAAGUAAUGGCAACAUGUAUUUUCUUAUUCCGUCUAUUAAUUUUACCAAUGUGCUCAAGACGACGUGAGAUAAACAUGUUCUAUCAAAUGUACACUCACAUGUCGCGGUAUGCUACAGUACCAUAAACGAUAUGCACUCGUCGCCAUCCUCAUUUACAUUGGCAUUCCUGAUUACAGUGGCGGAAAAUUUUGCGAAAUUUCCGAUGACUUACGACAGAGCGAAAGAGAGAAGAGAGUUUUAUACAUUUAUUUAUAUUAUAGUUAAUAAAUAGUAAUAUUUCAAUUCCACAUUGUGUUCGCGCUUAUUGUAUUAUAUUAAGGGAAAUAUAUGAUGAUCUUAGAGAGGUAUUUCAUACAGAAAUUGGAGAAAAUAUAUAUAUUUUCCUUAAUUACCAUCCAUUUUAUCGAUGCUAUCUCUCAAAGAGAUGUAAUAAGUUGAUUAUGGAUUAUAUAUUCAGGAAUGUCAAAUCACUGCGCACACAUACAUACCAAUUUGUAAUAUAAUGUAAUAUCAAAGGUUUAUACAAUGUAGCCACAAGUAAUAUAACCGAUAGUCUAUAUAUUAUUUCCAGAUUAUAUAUUAAAUAUAUAUAUAUAUAUAGAUAUA